AUGGAUUAUGUUCAACUCACUGGCACUGAAAUGAUGCCGAUUCGCAAAUAUCUCAAAGUUUCGAGCUCUUUGGUCCAGCACGAACUCACGGAGAACAUGGAAAGAGGACCCGGACAAACAUUACUGGAGAACAGAGAGCCACGAAAUAGAGCAAGCAGAUUUAUGUUUCGAAUUUUGGAUAGUCACCGAUUCGAAGGAUGGAAAUUCACUCUUUUCUUGGCCUCCACGACAAGUUUGGUUAUUUUGUUUUUCAAUAUGGGAUUUUUACUUUACUGUCUAACGAACCCUAAGCAUGAUCCCAUAAAUCUCUAUCCUGUUGAAGACCAAGCCUUCUACCUGAAGAAUUACUUCAGUACAACUAUUUACGAGGGGGACUGUACAAAAGUGCACCGCCUCAGCACCGGGUUCCAUUUAAUCAUCAACAUCUUAAGUACCGGUUUGCUGGGUGCUAGCAAUUAUGGAAUGGUAAGAAGAGAGAAAACCUCCGUAAAGGGUCAGUGGCUCGAUAUUGGCGUACCUAGUGCUCGCAACCUAUUCCGUGUGUCUGUCAAACGAUCCCUGUUAUGGUUUUGUCUGGCUAUUUCAUCACUUCCAUUCCACUUACUGUACAAUUCGGCCAUUUACCCCACGACAUCCGUCGCUGCCUAUGAUAUUUUCGCCGGUCCCCCCGAUCUUGGAAUGUUCCAAGAAAGUUCUCUCAAACUUACGCCGACGGAACCGAACGAUAAGUUAGUGUCCUUUCAGGAACUCUACGAUGAAGCAGAAAAAGGAACUCUAUAUCCUCUGAGCAAUACUGAGUGUUUCAAUGCAUUUGCCGUUACCUUUCAAUCAGCCUAUAAGAAGUUGUUGCUUGUGACCGAUACUCAGCUUACGAAAAAUCUCACCGACCCCAUUGUCUACUACAUGUACGUCGACACCAAUCCAGUUUUUGAGCUAUCGACAUAUGCCUAUCUGUCACCAAGCCAAAGAAGCCCAUAUCAGUGGCUGUGUGACAGCGCGACCAUGAGCGCCAACAAUACUGCUUGUUCGGACAGCACACUGGACCAAUUUCGGGCACAGGUUUAUGCAAACGAUUGGAAUAUCGAUAAUUCCAAUGGCAACACGAGUGAAUCCUACCACAUCCAGUCCUGCAUGGCAGAGAAAGCGGGACAGUAUUGCAAAUUGCGGUACUCAUUCCCACUCGUCAUAGUAGUUAUAGGAUUCAAUCUGGUUAAAACCGCGGUCUUGUUAUACAUGUGGCUCGGAAUAUCUGAUGCUCCUAUUCUGACGAUUGGAGACGCGAUUGCUUCCUUCUUGCGUCACCCUGACCCCGAAUCACAAAAUCUAUGUUUACUCACUAGCCGUGAGGCGAAGUCAAGACCUCGAUAUAUGAAAUCGAUCCCCACAAGGAAGCUCCUACACCAAACGAAGGUCUUCGGUAACACAAGGUGGCGGUGGAGUAAAGCUGUCUCCACUAGCGAAUGGGUAUUGCUAGGCCUACUGUGGGUGAUUGCAAUAUGUACCUGCAUCUUACUCCUGGCCUACGGUGUCAUAAUGGUAGCCAAAAAUGACUCCGAAGCAAACUCGUGGACACAGCCACUAGGAACGGCCGACGUAAACACCCUUAUAUAUGAUACGACCUGGCCAUCUUCUUUAGUCCUCAAUGCAAUGAUCGCCAACUCGCCCCAAGUCAUUUUUUCCCUCCUCUACUUCAUCUGCAACGGCCAACUAACAGCAAUGACUCUCGCUGCCGAGUGGAGUAGCUUCGCCAAAGAAAGAAAGGGCCUACGCGUCUCGAACAGCCCCAAGCAAUCCCAACGGAGCAAAUACUUCCUGUCCAUACCUUUUCGCUACGCAGCCCCGCUAAUGGCAAUUUCAGCAUUGCUGCACUGGCUUAUAUCACAGAGCCUCUUUGUGAUUGGCGUCGAGGCAUGGAAUUCUGACAUGCUGCGCGACCCCUUGACUGACUUCUUUGGUUGCGGCUGGUCCCCCGUUGGAACUGUCAGUGUUAUCACUGUUGGAAGCUUCAUGUUUCUAAGCCUUUUGGGGCUGAGCUACAAGCGAUUCAAUUCCGCCAUGCCUGUCGCUGGAAGUUGCAGUCUUGCGAUUGCAGCGGCGUGUCAUCCAAGGUUUGAUCCAAAUCUUGGCAAGGGGGAUGAAAGCAUGAAUGGUGAGGAUAUGUCGCUUUUACCAGUUCAGUGGGGGUCGGUGCCCGUUAAUGGUCCAGUGGGCCAUUGCAGCUUCACUAGUGGCAAUGUGAAGAUGCCACAGACAGGAGAGGUGUAUCUGUAA